AUGGGUUCUACAGUUAUCCCACCGAAAUCGAUGAUCGAGCUGCUUAACCAAGGUUAUGGGAAGCUAGUCGAUGCGUCAAAGUUGAUAGAAGUGAUGGCUCGUAGAAACCAAAUUCCCCAUUUCCCUUCUUGCAUAAACUUGAUUAGGGGCCUUGUCAAGAUUGACCGGAUAGACAGAGCUGCAAAAGUCCUAAAAGUUAUGGUUAUGUCUGGUGGAAUUCCAGAUACUAUAACUUACAACAUGUUGAUUGGUGGUCUGUGUAAAAAGGGACAGUUAAAAUCUGCCAUUGAUGUCUUGGAGGACAUGAGCUUGAGUGGUUGCCCCCGGAUGUGA